GCUCUCAGACCAUCUUUGAUAUUCACACACUCACUUCCAGUGGGAGAAAAGAGUGGAAGAAUUCUCCGACUCCAUUAGAGAGACUGAGAGAGAGAAAGCGAGAGAGAGAGAGAGAGAGAGAAGUGAAAAUGUAUACAGUAGGGUACAGAGUCCAUGGAGUGCUGACAUUGGGCGUGACCUUGUUGGCUCUAAUAUGCGCCAUGGCUUCUCUUCCUGACAAUCUCAACGUCCCAUCACCAUCCGUCAGUGUUCAGGUUCUAAAUGUCAAUUGGUUUCGGAAGCAGCCUACUGGGAAUGACGAGGUCAGCUUGCUAUUGAAUAUUUCAGCUGACUUCCAGUCAAUGUUAACGUGGAAUACAAAGGCGGUAUUUGUUUUCCUAGCUGCCGAAUAUGAAACCCCACAAAAUGCUCUGAACCAGGUUUCCUUAUGGGAUGAUAUACUACCAUCUAAGAAAAAUCCAAAGUUCUGGAUCCAAACCAUUAACAAGUACAGGUUUACUGAUGAGGUAAGCAAUCUACUGGGGAAGGAAUUUAACUUGACAUUUCACUGGUAUGUCAUCCCCAAGACUGGAAAGAUGUUUGCCGACAAAAUGGUCAUGACAGCAUACCGUCUGCCAGUAGAAUAUAUAUAGGCUCCAUGUGUUUCCAUGCAGCUAAAAUACAAUUCUUGUUAGGCAAGGAGACAUCAGAGGCUUGACUAAUUUGAAUAGGAACAUCAAAUUUUGUCUGAACUAGCGGAAAAUUUUGAGAAAGCAUAUAGUGACUUUUUUUUUUUUUUUUUUUUUUGACCAACGGUCCAUUAUCUGAAUGUGUGGUGGUGGAUAUACCAAUUGAAGUUCCCAAAUGUUGUUUGUCUUGGGGUUUAUCAUUCAGGCCAUUUUAUGUGCCAAACAUGUAUAGAACAGAGAAAGCAAGUCCAAACAGAGAAUGAAAUGAAGAAAACAGUUUUAUUUGGAGCU